AUGGCACAGAAGGCUACCCCUGACACUGGGGCAGGCUUCGCAAGCUCCAUAGACUCCGAGUCGUGUACAACAAAUGCAGUCGAGGGAGGUGUUGAGGGCUGGCUGACAAUCGUUGGGUCGGCUCUAGUCUAUUACUCUUCUUUCGGCAUCAUCAACAGUUUCGGGUUCUUCCAGUCGUACUACAAGAAUGAGUUCUUGAAGGGCACAUCGCCGUUUACGAUUGCCUUCAUAGGCACGCUUCAAAUAGCGUUGAUGAACUUGCUCUCCCCAGUCUCUGGAUCCUUGUGUGAUUUGCAUGGGAUCAAAUAUCUCUACAUUGGUUCUGGGCUUGGAACGUCUGGAACUCUCCUUGCACUCUCCUUCACAAGCCCUGGCGCCGUUUGGCAGACGUUUCUAAGCCAAGGCCUCCUUUUAGGAUUCGUCAUGUCGUUUGGCAUCCAGUCCGCUCUCACGGUCGCCGGCCAGCACUUUAGACACAAGCGUGCAUUUGCAAUGGGCAUCGUCUCCACCGGAUCUAGCGCUGGAGGAAUUUGUUACCCGAUCAUGUUCGAUAAGCUGGUUGCAUACAUCGGAUUUCCAUGGGCUGUGCGUAUCGCCGCAGUUAAGGUCGCACUAUGCUAUGCAAUAGCUCUUUGCAUCUCAACAAGUAGGCCGUCGGGUAGGGUAACACGAAUCAGUUUUAGUUCACUUCUGGAUCUCAGGGGCUUCCUAGAUGUGAGAUACUCUGUCAUUGCGCUUGGUGCAUUCCUGUGUCAUCUUGGAAUUUGGGUGCCAUUCUACUAUAUUCAGGAAUACUGUGGGGUUAUUUAUCCAUCCGCAAGCAUCCAAGUCUAUCUCUUGUCGCUGGCUAAUGCCACUAGUUUGAUUGGCAUGAUUGUCGGAGGCUUUUUAGGCGACACAAUUGGCCGCCUCAAUCUCCUCUAUCCUAUUAUCAUUCUUUCAGGGCUUCUUUCCCUCUUUAUGUGGCUCCUCGCGGCCUCGCUGCCAGCUAUCAUCGCAUUCUCAUGUAUCCAUGGCUAUUGUACGGGCCAUUUCGUUGCGCUGCUUCCCGCAGUCGUCGGCCAGAUCUCCCCAGACGAGAAGCUCGGCGCAAGGAUGGGUGCAUUCUACAGCCUGGUGGCAAUUGCGAGCUUGGUUGGGACACCGGUUGGUGGGGCUCUAAUCAAGGGCAAGUCCAGGGAAGGCUAUCAAAAUAUAAUCUUCUAUACGGUAAAUGGGCUUGUGUUAAUUCCGAUACGCCGUAACUAA